AUGAACUCUGAAAAGCCCAAUUUUCUAUCCCAACCUGUCGUGAAGAACAUUUUCGUGUAUCGAAAUGGAGAUCCCUUUUACGAGGCUCGCCGGUUAGUGGUAAACCCAAAAGAGAGUGUCCAAUUUUGACACUUUUCUUCGAGAUGUGACGGGGGGUGUGCAGGCUCCGUUCGGAGCGGUUCGGAACAUCUACACCCCUAAAAUGGGGCAUCGGGUGGCCUGCCUGGACCACCUGCAGAGCGGGGAACAAUAUGUCGCUGCCGGGAGAGAGAAAUUCAAGAAAUUGGAGUGAGUAAGAUCAUUAUGUGUGUGUAAUAAUUGUCUGUUGUAUUAGUUAAUGUAGAUUAUUGAAUGAUUCAUUGAUGUUCAUUGAUACUGAAUGACAGACUCGCUGUCUGUGAUGUUCACAUUGUCAUGGUCAAGUUGAGCUCACGUUACUGAUGUUGCAAUAGCUGUAAAAUAGUGAUAACCCUAAGUUGAACUGUUACAAUUGGACGGUGUUCCCUAAACAUGUACUGUACCUACUAUAAUUAUUUAUCUGUAAAGCAGCCUUUUGUUAAAGGGUUUGUAGAGAUGGCAUUUUCAUCCACACUCCUUAUAGAAUCUAUUCUUAGUAAUGUAUCUGGUAUUUUAUCACCUGAAAGGUUUUAAAUGAUAACUGUCACUCCAUUGUAAUUGCAAUUACUUACAUAGGAGCUUUGUAGAGAUGGCAUUGUGGCAUUUGGACCACACUCCUCCUGGACACAUAUUCAGUUAAAUUUCUGAACAAUUAACCAAUUAUACCACAGAUAAUUGCAGUGUGUGUGUAUAACUUUGCCACUCCAUUGUAAUUGCAGUUACUCACAGAUAGGAUCCAGAAAGAAAAAGAUGCUUCAAACUAUUUCAGGGCAGGUAAGAUGACUUGUUACAAUAUCCUCCAUUCACAUCACUUUACCAGGAUAAACUCACUAGAUCAUGUCUUUUACUGGUCCUGGCUUGCUGGCCAUGACAUUUGGCCUUCAAAAGGAAACAUGUUUUGCAUGUCAACAUUCACUCACAAGAAGCCCUGUCCUAUAAUGUAAACAGCUUAUCCCGAAUAAGACCUUAAACGGGAUAUGAGCUACUACCCAGAAUACUGUGCGCAUGUAAACGUGGUCACUGACGUUACACCUUUCUUAUCUGUGGGUGCCUGUUUGAGAAGCCCUGUCCCCUGGGUGCCUGUUUGAGAAGCCCUGUCCUCUGGGUGCCUGUUUGAGAAGCCCUGGCCUCUGGGUGCCUGUUUGAGAAGCCCUGUCCUCUGGGUGCCUGUUUGAGAAGCCCUGGCCUCUGGGUGCCUUUUUGAGAAGCCCUGGCCUCUGGGUGCCUGUUUGAGAAGCCCUGUCCUCUGGGUGCCUGUUUGAGAAGCCCUGUCCUCUGGAUGCCUGUUUGAGAAAAAUCAGCUUAGAAAGGUGUAACGUCAGUGACCACGUUUACAUGCGCACAGUAUUCUGGGUAGUAGCUCAUAUCCCGUUUAAGGUCUUAUUUGGGAUAAGCUGUUUACAUGCAUCUUUGAUAUCGCGCUCACCAGUAUCCCUGUACCCAUGAAUUAUCCCAAUAUUCCUCAUUUAAGUUCAUAUCUGUUCAAUGGAAUAGUAACUGAAAUAUGGACACUGACUGUAGGACUAUAACCUCCCACAUGUAGCGUAAUAUAAUAUUAACUCCUGCAGAAAUAUGCAUUUCUUGCAGUCAAAUGUUAUUUUAGUCUCGGGAACAGGAGUGGAGAAAUAUGAUUUAUUUCUUUCAGCAUAUCUUUAGAAAAUGUGAAUGCACGUGUAAUGUGUUAUCUUUGACACAGUGAUUCAAGCAGACACUAUUUCAACCACAUAAAAUAUGCACCCAAGACAAACUUGAAGUCUCAUCGGAAACGUGUUUCAUCAUUUUCUCAGCUUUUUCAUGUCCUUAAAACCUGUCAAACUGAUGACAUUUGGACAUUUUGCUUGGGAACAAACCUUCCACUGUUUUGAAGUUAUUGCGUUUUCUCCCCAGUCCCUAAACGAAACAGACAACUUUACCGGUGUUAACUAGAUUACUAAUGCGUUCAUUCUGUCGAUGUAAGACAUUAUUCUGGUGAGCAGUGUUCGUUUUUCAUUUUCUAGUUCGACAAGUUAUGACAGAAUAGAAGCUGCAUGUAUCUAACUAUAGUUGACAAACAAAUGGCCUACCAAAUGUCCGACAUUAUAAUAUGGCCUGCCAAAUGUCAGAUAUUAUAUAAUAUGGCCUACCGGAAUGUCGGAAAUAAGAAGCAGAAACUCGUCUAAAUUAGGUGUGAAAGUAGCCAGUAGUCUAGGCUAUACGGUCCAGUAUGGAGUAUCAGCAAAAUAAAUGAUUAUGGAAUUAUGGUGGAUCGAUCCGCCAGGUAGCCUACUUUCUGAAGUGAUUUGUUUGACAAUCAGAUGAAAACGUCAUCACAGAACACCCACGAUCUGUGAAACUGAGCCUGUGCAGACCACGAAAAACAACAGUAAACGAAACGGGAUAAAAUGUAUCCCGUCUAAGAUUAGCAUAUCCCUGGAAUCUUAUUCGGGUAUCUCAUAACCGGGAUCGAAGCUUUUUGGGGUUAUUGUAAACGGGAUAUGAUGUUUGUAUGCGUCAACUCAAAAACAGAAUACUGGAGUAUCCCGAAUAAUAACAGGAUAUUGGUGUGCAUGUAAACGUGGUCAGUGCUGUUUGAGAGAAUUCAGCUUAGCGAGGUGAAUGCCAGUGUUUAGUCACCUCCUUUGUGGUUUGUGAAUAAUCAUUUUGUUGACGGAUCAGUGACUAUGAAUGAUUAAUGUAUGAUCAUAAUCAGCCUCCUUCAAUACAUCUUUAAUCAACCGUUGUUGGCCGCAAAGUGCCUUGUGGUCAGAUAUAUAUCUUACCACACACCGAGCGGUGGAAACACUGACGUCACUUGUCCGUGGCCACCUUGUCCAGCGCCAAGGGUUUUUAUUUACAAUCAGCACAGGCUCUGUCCCAAAUGGCACCCUAUUCCCUAUAUAGUGCACCACUUUUGACCAGGGUCCAUAGGGCCUAUUGUGCUCUGGCCAAAAGUAGAGGGCACUAUAUAGGGAAUAGAAUGCCAUUUAGGACAGAGCCACUGCAAUGGUUUCUGUUGUAAUCAUGACUAGUAAAGGUUUAAUAGGCCAAUCUAUAUAUGAGAGCCACGCUCACGACUGCCAUUUUUCCUCUGAUUGGUUCAAUUAAAGAGGCCCUCAAACAACACUCAGAACCCUGGCUAUGGCUAAAGACAGCCUGCUGUGGGUCUGUCUGCCACACUGAAGAGGAAGUAGAGCUAGGAUGGACUGUAAGACAGCCUGCUGUGGGUCUGUCUGCCACACUGAAGAGGAAGUAGAGCUAGGAUGGACUGUAAGACAGCCUGCUGUGGGUCUGUCUGCCACACUGAAGAGGAAGUAGAGCUAGGAUGGACUGUAAGACAGCCUGCUGUGGGUCUGUCUGCCACACUGAAGAGGAAGUAGAGCUAGGAUGGACUGUAAGACAGCCUGCUGUGGGUCUGUCUGCCACACUGAACAGGAAGUAGAGCUAGGAUGGACUGUAAGACAGCCUGCUGUGGGUCUGUCUGCCACACUGAAGAGGAAGUAGAGCUGGGAUGGACUGUAAGCUAGGUUCAGGACUGUUGCUGCCAUCAUGGACUGUAAGCUAGGUUCAGGACUGUUGCUGCCAUCAUGGACUAAGCUAGGUUCAGGACUGUUGCUGCCAUCAUGGACUGUAAGCUAGGUUCAGGACUGUUGCUGCCAUCAUGGACUAAGCUAGGUUCAGGACGGUUGCUGCCAUCAUGGACUGUAAACUAGGUUCAGGACGGUUGCUGCCAUCAUGGACUGUGAGCUAGGUUCAGGACUGUUGCUGCCAUCAUGGACUAAGCUAGGUUCAGGACUGUUGCUGCCAUCAUGGACUGUGAGCUAGGUUCAGGACUGUUGCUGCCAUCAUGGACUGUGAGCUUGGUUCAGGACUGUUGCUGCCAUCAUGGACUAAGCUAGGUUCAGGACUGUUGCUGCCAUCAUGGACUGUGAGCUAGGUUCAGGACUGUUGCUGCAAUCAUGGACUAAGCUAGGUUCAGGACUGUUGCUGCCAUCAUGGACUAAGCUAGGUUCAGGACUGUUGCUGCCAUCAUGGACUGUAAGCUAGGUUCAGGACUGUUGCUGCCACCAUGACUGUAAGCUAGGUUCAGGACUGUUGCUGCCAUCAUGACUGUAAACUAGGUUCAGGACUGUUGCUGCCUCCAUGACUGUAAACUAGGUUCAGGUCUGUUGCUUCCACCGUGGACUGUAAGCUAGGUUCAGGACUGUUGCUGCCAUCAUGGACUGUAAGCUAGGUUCAGGACUGUUGCUGCCACCAUGGAGUGUACGCUAGGUUCAGGACUGUUGCUGCCACCAUGACUGUAAACUAGGUUCAGGACUGUUGCUGCCAUCAUGGACUGUAAGCUAGGUUCAGGACUGUUGCUGCCAUCAUGGACUGUUAUCUAGGUUCAGGUCUGUUUCUGCCACCAUGGACUGUAAGCUAGGUUCAGGACUGUUGCUGCCAUCAUGGACUGUAAGCUAGGUUCAGGACUGUUGCUGCCAUCAUGGACUGUAAGCUAGGUUCAGGACUGUUGCUGCCACCAUGACUGUAAGCUAGGUUCAGGACUGUUGCUGCCACCAAGGACUGUAAGCUAGGUUCAGGACUGUUGCUGCCACCAUGACUGUAAACUAGGUUCAGAUCUGUUGGUGCCACCAUGGACUGUAAGCUAGGUUCAGGUCUGUUGCUGCCACCGUGCACUGUAAGCUAGGUUCAGGACUGUUGCUGCCAUCAUGGACUGUAAGCUAGGUUCAGGACUGUUGCUGCCAUCAUGGCGCAUUGGUCAGAAUGCAAUGAACAAGGACGUGGAGAACAAGGAUGUUGAGAUGUAGAGAACAAGGAUGUGGAGAACCAGGAUGUGGAGAACCAGGAUGUGGAGAACCAGGAUGUGGAGGACAAGGAUGUGGAGAACAAGGAUGUGGAGAACAAGGAUGUAGAGAACAAGGAUGUGGAGGACAAGGAUGUGGAGAACAAGGAUGUGGAGAACAAGGAUGUGGAGAACAAGGAUGUGGAGAACCAGGACGUGGAGAUCCAGGAUGUGGAGAACAAGGAUAGUCUGAAAGGGAGAUACAGAAUGGAAACAUUAGGAACACAUAACAGAGGAGCAGACAAAGUAGUCCCAGAGGGUUAUCCUACCAGGCAGGUUGAGGAGUUAGAGAGGUAACGUUGAUCCCAGAGGGUUAUCCUACCAGGCAGGUUGAGGAGUUAGAGAGGUAACGUUGAUCCCAGAGGGUUAUCCUACCAGGCAGGUUGAGGAGUUAGAGAGGUAACGUUGAUCCCAGAGGGUUAUCCUACCAGGCAGGUUGAGGAGUUAGAGAGGUAACGUUGAUCCCAGAGGGUUUAUCCUACCAGGCAGGUUGAGGAGUUAGAGAGGUAACGUUGAUCCCAGAGGGUUAUCCUACCAGGCAGGUUGAGGAGUUAGAGAGGUAACGUUGAUCCCAGAGGGUUAUCCUACCAGGCAGGUUGAGGAGUUAGAGAGGUAACGUUGAUCCCAGAGGGUUAUCCUACCAGGCAGGUUGAGGAGUUAGAGAGGUAACGUUGAUCCCAGAGGGUUAUCCUACCAGGCAGGUUGAGGAGUUAGAGAGGUAACGUUGAUCCUAGAGGGUUAUCCUACCAGGCAGGUUGAGGAGUUAGAGAGGUAACGUUGAUCAACUCUUGAGUUCAACUCGGGAUAACCAGUCAUACUGUGAUGCGUGAUUUGAAGGAGUCAGACGCAGGAGGGUAAAUCACAGUAUACAGAGUUUAUUCCGUAAUACAGCAUUAACCAGUCCAGUGCGCAAAACAGGCGCAAUGGAACAAACAGGCACACAGGGAAAAUACCCCGGUAAUACAAAAUACACUGAGCUCAACCGAGCUACUAUCUCCUCACAAUAAACAAUCACCCACAAGGACAAGGGGGGGCAGAGGGAACACUUAUACACAUACUAAUGAGGGGAUAUGAACCAGGUGUGUGUAAUAGACAAGACAAAACAAAUGGAAUGAUGAGAUAUGGAGUGGCAGUGGCUAGAAGGCUGGAGACGACGAACGCCGAAGCCUGCCCGAACAAGGAGAGGAGGCAGCUUCGGUGGAAGUCGUGACACAUACGAAAGUUGUCACAAGCAGGGCUUGAACUCCGGUCACAGAUGUGGAGAGCUGGGGGUUCUACCCCUUAGCCACAGAGGAGGGGUAGUUGGACCCAAAUGAAACACCCAAGGCAAUCCUCCAGGCAAGUAGAUUUAAUGCAACAAAACAGGAGGCAAAACAAAAUAGCUCCACGAGGGGAGAAAAACAAACUAAAGACAACUUAGAACAGCUUACUUGAAAAGACACGGUGGGACAAAGCAGGAGACACAUAGCCAGGACUCAAUAACCAAGUGAGAAACAAGGGGCAAACACACAGCUAAAAUACACAAGGGGAAACAAGGCACAGGUGACCUGGAUCAAGCUAAUUAGGACACACGAGGAAGAACUAAGGCAGAGGGGAACACAGAUGACCUCUAGAGGCCCGGAGACAAACAGGAGGCAGGAAGCUGACAAAAGUGGCUCACCUUUUAGCCAGGUAAUUUUUAUGGCAACGAAUCCUCCAGAACUAAUCUGCUAAUUCCACAUAACCUGAAUAAAAUGACUGAGCAAUGAGUUGAGGACCAAUGAAAGCAGAUUCCCUCCCGCUUGCAAAGAUUGCAUCAUCCCCCUCAUUUGAGGAAGAUGGUUAAUUAAAUAUUGUAUUCAUCAAAUGUUUUGUGUUUUAAAAUAGUAAUGUUAAAAUAUGUAUUACACAAAACCAAAGUCGGUAUUAAUGAUAAGUAACAAAUUAAAGACUUCUAAAAGCCCUUUCAUUUAGAUUUCAGCACAAAUGAAAAUGUGUCACUGACUCGCCCAUGGAUUGAUGUUUCAGCAUCGUCUCAAUGAAGAGUUGGCCGUUCGACUAGCCAUGUGCGACAAUGCACGCGCAGUUACAAGCCUGCUAGAGUUGGGGGCAGGCGGACGAGCAAUAUCCACCGUCGUAGUACAGAUGAAGCCUGAGCUGGAAUGUGAAGCUAACUGAAGCUGGCUAGCUUUAGAAGACCCAGAUCUAGCUUGCUCCAUAGGAUACCCUCUGGUGACUCCGGGGAAUAGGCUUAACAUCCAACAUCCGGCUGAGGAGACUGCCAGGAUAGACAUAAAGGAGAAAUGAGCAUGACCAAACAUCACAUGGAUAUCAAAGGGAUAUAACGUAGGCCACCGCAUAUACUGUAUACAUAAACAUUUAGGAUUUCUAUUUCUCCAUACAGUAUAUAAUAACAAAGAGCAAUUACUUCAUCAUAUCACACCCAAUGGAAGGAUAGGGCCGCCCCAUGGCAUCACCACCAUCAACUGAACUGCUAGAAAGGAAGGAGCGUGCAGCUUGUACGGGGAAACAGAGGAGUCAGAAAGGAAGGAAGGAGCGUGCAGCUUGUACGGGGAAACAGAGGAGUCAGAAAGGAAGGAACGGGAGCGUGCAGCUUGUACGGGGAAACAGAGGAGUCAGAAAGGAAGGAAGGCGCAUGCAGCUUGUACGGGGAAACAGAGGAGUCAGAAAGGUAGAGGAGAGGUGAUUAAGGGAGAGUGAACACUCUCACACACACACACCACACACACACACACACACACACACACACAAACACCACACACACACACUCUCAACACAAAACCACACACCACCACACAACACCAAAAACACACACACACCACCACUCUCACACAAACCACUUCACACAAAAACACACACAAACAACAACACACACACACUCUCACACACCACACACACACACUAGGACACACACACACACACAACACACACACACACCACACAACACACACACCACACACACAACACCACACACACACACACACACACACACAACACAGCAUGGCCCAGGCGGCUAAACACCAGACAACCCACUGACAACCCACUGGGCUCUAAGGCUUUGAUCCUCAGAGAGUUAUUAAGGUUGUCAGGGAGCACAAUAGACAGUGUUCUCUCUCACCAGGGAAGAGGUUUAUUUUGGUUCCAAAAUGUGUUAUCUUUUUUUGUUUGUUUUAUGAACGCUUUCGGUUAUUAAAAUAGCCUCAAUAUGAGAUGUUUUACUUGUUCACUUUAAGGAGGUAUUAUGUAUAUUGCCCAGUACAUUUGACGUUAGUCAUAUAACCUCUAAAAGUCUUAAGUCAGGGGGAAUUUGGUAUUUACUACUCUGACCCAUAGAAACGCAUUAAAUAACACAUUCAGAAAUGUCAAAAAACAGUCACAAAUGACAUAAUAAGGAAUAAGGUUUUGAAGUGUAUGUCCUUUAUCUAGGAGAUAGAAGUAAGAUCAGGAAGUAAUGGAGUUUUGUUGGACACAUAUUUAACCCCCUUUUUUUUUUUUUACCCUUUUUUUUUGUUGCCACAAAACUAUCUCCAUACUUCCAUUCAUUUGUAUGGGUUACCUUCAGACGAGACCCAUGACGCUUGUGGGGGUCAUAGAGCAAAACGUGAGAGUCUCAUCUUUCCAUAGAGUGGUCAUAUUAGUUUAUAGGCACGGGUGCGUCAAUACACUCUUAGGGAUUAGCAGACGCUCUUAUCCAGAGCCACUUCAAUUAGUGCAUUCGUCUUAAGAUAGCUAGGUGGGACAACCACAUAUCACAGUCAUAGUAAGUACACUUUUCCUCGGGGUGAGAGGGAAGUGCGAGGUGGGGUGCUGUGGGAUUAUUUAAGAUACUCAGUAAUUCAGCGACUGUAAAACAAAGCGUAACCAAAGAUGUGAUGCAGUCAAUCUCUCCUCUACUUUUAGCCUUACCCACAGGCUAAACCGGUGCCCCAGAGUCGAAUCAUUGUAUCAGCAAGAUUCCUGAAACCCAUCAAAGAGCCCUGUGCGAUUUUGUAAGUUCAACUUGUGUGCAUUUCUCCCUGUGUGAAUGUGUGUGUGUGUGUUUGUGUGAAUAUACAGGUAGACCCUACAUCAUCACAGUUGUUUGUGAUUGUAUUUAUUUGUUGUGUCUGCAUUGAUGAACAUGUAUACUGGAUCCUAAACUGAACUGAUGCAUGAUCUUAAUUGUGUUCUAUUGAAGCAAUAAGGCCCGAGGGGGUGUGAUAUAUUGCCAAUAUACUACGGCUAAGGGCUGUUCUUAUGCACGACGCAACACGGUGUGCCUGGACACAGCCCUCAGCCGUGGUAUAUUGGCCAUAUAUCACACACCCACAAGGUGCCUUAUUGCUAUUAUAAACUGGUUACCAACGUAAUUAGAGCAGUAAAAAUAAAUGUUUUGUCAUAACCGUGGUAUAGGGUCUGAUAUACCACGGCUGUCAGCCAAUCAGCAUUCAGGGCUCGAACCACCCAGUUUAUAAUUACAUUUACAUUUGAGUCAUUUAGCAGACACUCUUAUCCAGAGCGACUUACAGUGCAUUCAUCUUAAGAUAGCUUGGUAAGAAAGCCACGUAUUACAGUCAUAGUAAGUAUGUUAUAUGUUCUGAUUCUCUUGUCAGUGUGGUAGCGAAUGGUGAUGUGUUGAACCCAGCUUUAAGGCUGCUGAUACCCCAGCGGAUACUUGGCCAGUAUGACAGGGUUCUGGAGAUGAUCACGGACAAAAUGGGCUUGAGAAUCCUGGGGUGUGUACGAAGGUACCAAACGUCAUUAGUUACACUUCAAUAGAUGUUGAUUAAGUCAAUUCUAAAUCUGUUUCAUCAACUUUUGGGGCCCGUUUCCCAGACACAGAUUAAACCUAGUCCACGUCUAAACAGCAUUCUCAAUGGGAAUUCUCCUUUCAAAUAAAUUUCUGGUCCAGGAUUAGGCUUAAUCUGUGUCUGGGAAACUCGCCCUGUGAGUUUCAUUGUCAUCGUAAGAAUAGAUCUGGUUUAUAUCUUCUUCUUCUUCUUUUCUUCUUAGUCUUUUGUACUUCUAUUCUUUUCUUUUUGUCGUCUUCUAGUUCUGAUUAGUCUUCUUCUUCAUGGUUCCUCAUCUUCAUAUCUUCUGGUCGGAUAGCGUUAUUGUUGAGAGCUGUGGUUCUAGCUCGUAGCAGUCUUCACAUGGUCAUUUGCUUCGGCUUCUUCUUCUUCAUUAUUCUAGCUUCUUCUUCUUCUUGUUCUUCUUCUUCUUUCUUCUGCUUCUUCUGUUCUUCUUAUUCUUAUUCAUUUCUGUGGGGUUCGUUAGUCUUAUUCUUUUAUCUUCUAUCUCUUCUUUCUUCGUUCUAUUCUUCUUCUUCCUUCUUUCUGUCUUCUUCUUCUUCUUCUUCUUCUUCUUCUUCUUCAAUGGCUGUGUUUUCUUUUUACAGCCUUUAUACCUUUGAUGGAAAUCAUGUGAAUGAUGGAAAGGACUUGGAGAGUGGACAGUUUUACGUGGCUGUUGGGAGAGACAAGUUUAAAAGGCUUCUUACAGUGACCUUCUGUUCACCAAACCAGGGGGAAUACGAAGGACUAUAGGGUAAAGAUCUCAGAAGGCUUCUAACUCAUGGAUUGUUCCUUUGUUCAUUCCUCACUUUUAACUCUUUAACUCAUGAAUUGUUCUCUCCUUUUUUAGACUCUCUCCAUCUCCGUUACAGAAGUUUCUUACACUUUAUGUCUGAAGCACAAUGCAUUUUAGACUGUUGGUUUUCUGUUUUCUGUAAAUCAUCUGAUCUUUCUUACACAUUAUGUUUUGUUUUUCCAGAUCCAAAGCUUCCUCAUUACCUCCCAUAUACAGAUUUGGAAAGCAAAACAGAAACGGUGUAAGUAUUGUCUCGAAAAGACAACUUGAAAAGCCAACUUCUUUGAACAUGAGCUCUUAUUCUUUCUUUCUUUAAGUCUUAAUAAUAAAACAGUUGACUUACAGUGGGGAAAAAAAGUAUUUAGUCAGCCACCAAUUGUGCAAGUUCUCCCACUUAAAAAGAUGAGAGGCCUGUAAUUUUCAUCAUAGGUACACGUCAACUAUGACAGACAAAAUGAGGAAAAAAAUUCCAGAAAAUCACAUUGUAGGAUUUUUUAUGAAUUUAUUUGCAAAUUAUGGUGGAAAAUAAGUAUUUGGUCAAUAACAAAAGUUUGUCAAUACUUUGUUAUAUACCCUUUGUUGGCAAUGACACAGGUCAAACGUUUUCUUUAAGUCUUCACAAGGUUUUCACACACUGUUGCUGGUAUUUUGGCCCAUUCCUCCAUGCAGAUCUCCUCUAGAGCAGUGAUGUUUUGGGGCUGUCGCUGGGCAACACGGACUUUCAACUCCCUCCAAAGAUUUUCUAUGGGGUUGAGAUCUGGAGACUGGCUAGGCCACUCCAGGACCUUGAAAUGCUUCUUACGAAGCCACUCCUUCGUUGCCCGGGCGGUGUGUUUGGGAUCAUUGUCAUGCUGAAAGACCCAGCCACGUUUCAUCUUCAAUGCCCUUGCUGAUGGAAGGAGGUUUUCACUCAAAAUCUCACGAUACAUGGCCCCAUUCAUUCUUUCCUUUACACAGAUCAGUCGUCCUGGUCCCUUUGCAGAAAAACAGCCCCAAAGCAUGAUGUUUCCACCCCCAUGCUUCACAGUAGGUAUGGUGUUCUUUGGAUGCAACUCAGCAUUCUUUGUCCUCCAAACACGACGAGUUGAGUUUUUACCAAAAAGUUCUAUUUUGGUUUCAUCUGACCAUAUGACAUUCUCCCAAUCCUCUUCUGGAUCAUCCAAAUGCACUCUAGCAAACUUCAGACGGGCCUGGACAUGUACUGGCUUAAGCAGGGGGACACGUCUGGCACUGCAGGAUUUGAGUCCCUGGCGGCGUAGUGUGUUACUGAUGGUAGGCUUUGUUACUUUGGUCCCAGCUCUCUGCAGGUCAUUCACUAGGUCCCCCCGUGUGGUUCUGGGAUUUUUGCUCACCGUUCUUGUGAUCAUUUUGACCCCACGGGGUGAGAUCUUGCGUGGAGCCCCAGAUCGAGGGAGAUUAUCAGUGGUCUUGUAUGUCUUCCAUUUCCUAAUAAUUGCUCCCACAGUUGAUUUCUUCAAACCAAGCUGCUUACCUAUUGCAGAUUAAGUCUUCCCAGCCUGGUGCAGGUCUACAAUUUUGUUUCUGGUGUCCUUUGACAGCUCUUUGGUCUUGGCCAUAGUGGAGUUUGGAGUGUGACUGUUUGAGGUUGUGGACAGGUGUCUUUUAUACUGAUAACAAGUUCAAACAGGUGCCAUUAAUACAGGUAACGAGUGGAGGACAGAGGAGCCUCUUAAAGAAGAAGUUACAGGUCUGUGAGAGGCCAGAAAUCUUGCUUGUUUGUAGGUGACCAAAUACUUAUUUUCCACCAUAAUUUGCAAAUAAAUUCAUUAAAAAUCCUACAAUGUGAUUUUCUGGAAAAAAAAUUCUCUAUUUGUCUGUCAUAGUUGACGUGUACCUAUGAUGAAAAUUACAGGCCUCUCUCAUCUUUUUAAGUGGGAGAACUUGCACAAUUGGUGGCUGACUAAAUACUUUUUUUCCCCACUGUAUCUAAUGUUGACGCUCCUUUAUCAAUCCAUAAGACUAAACAUCAAAACAGUUGACUUAUCUAAUGUUGACGCUCCUUUAUCAAUCCAUAAGACUAAACAUCAAAACAGUUGACUUAUCUAAUGUUGACGCUUCUUUAUCAUUCCACAAGACUAAACAUCAAAACAGUUGAGUUAUCUAAUGUUGACACUCCAUUAUUAUUCCAUAAGACUAAACAUCAAAACAGUUGAAUUAUCUAAUGUUGACACUCCAUUAUCAUUCCAUAAGACUAAACAUCAACAAAGUUGACUUAUCUAAUGUUGACGCUCCUUUAUCAUUCCAUAAGACUAAACAUCAAAACAGUUGACUUAUCUAAUGUUGACGCUCCUUUAUCAAUCCAUAAGACUAAACAUCAAAACAGUUGACUUAUCUAAUGUUGACGCUUCUUUAUCAUUCCAUAAGACUAAACAUCAAAACAGUUGACUUAUCUAAUGUUGACGCUUCUUAUCAUUCCAUAAGACUAAACAUCAAAACAGUUGGACUUAUCUAAUUUUGACGCCUCCAUUAUCAUUCCAUAAGACUAAAUAUCAAAACAGUUGACUUAUCUAAUGUUGACGCUCCUUUAUCAAUCCAUAAGACUAAACAUCAAAACAGUUGACUUAUCUAAUGUUGACGCUUCUUUAUCAUUCCAUAAGACUAAACAUCAAAACAGUUGACUUAUCUAAUGUUGACGCUUCUUUAUCAUUCCAUAAGACUAAACAUCAAAACAGUUGACUUAUCUAAUUUUGACGCUCCAUUAUCAUUCCAUAAGACUAAAUAUCAAAACAGUUGACUUAUCUAAUGUUGACGCUCCUUAUCAAUCCAUAAGACUAAACAUCAAAACAGUUGGACUUAUCUAAUGUUGACGCUUCUUUAUCAUUCCAUAAGCCCUAAACAUCAAAAACUGUUGACUUAUCUAAUGUUGACACUCCAUUAUCAUUCCAUAAGACUAAACAUCAAAACAGUUGACUUAUCUAAUGUUGACGCUUCUUUAUCAUUCCAUAAGACUAAACAUCAAAACAGUUGACUUAUCUAAUGUUGACGCUCCUUUAUCAAUCCAUAAGACUAAACAUCAAAACAGUUGACUUAUCUAAUGUUGACGCUCCAUUAUCAUUCCAUAAGACUAAACAUCAAAACAGUUGACUUAUCUAAUGUUGACGCUUCUUUAUCAAUCCAUAAGACUAAACAUCAAAACAGUUGACUUAUCUAAUGUUGACGCUUCUUUAUCAUUCCAUAAGACUAAAUAUCAAAACAGUUGACUUAUCUAAUGUUGACACUCCAUUAUCAUUCCAUAAGACUAAACAUCAAAACAGUUGACUUAUCUAAUGUUGACGCUUCUUUAUCAUUCCAUAAGACUAAACAUCAAAACAGUUGACUUAUCUAACUGGUGACCACUCCAUUAUCAUUCCAUAAGACUAAACAUCAAAACAGUUGACUUAUCUAAUUUGACGUUCCAUUAUCAUUCCAAAGACUAAACAUCAAAACAGUUGACUUAUCUAAUGUUGACGCCUUCUUUAUCAAUCCAUAAGACUAAACAUCAAAACAGUUGAACUUAUCUAAUGUUGACGAUUCUUUAUUAUUCCAUAAGACUAAACAUCAAAACAGUUGACUUAUCUAAUGUUGACACUCCAUUAUCAUUCCAUAAGACUAAACAUCAAAACAGUUGACUUAUCUAAUGUUGACGCUCCAUUAUUAUUCCAAUAAGACUAAAACAUCAAACAAGUUGGACUUAUCUAAUGUUGACCACUCCAUUAUCAUCCAUAAGAACUCAAACAUCAACAAAGUUGACUUAUUCUAAUGUUGACGCUCCUUUAUCAUUCCAUAAGACUAAACAUCAAAAACAGUUGACUUAUCUAAUGUUGACGCUCCUUUAUCAAUCCAUAAGACUAAACAUCAAAAACAGUUUGACUUAUCUAAUGUUGACGCUUCUUUAUCAUUCCAUAAGACUAAACAUCAAAACAGUUGACUUAUCUAAUGUUGACGCUCUUAUCAUUCCAUAAGACUAAACAUCAAAACAGUUUGACUUAAUCUAAUUUGACGCUCCAUUAUCAUUCCAUAAGACUAAUAUCAAAACAGUUGACUUAUCUAAUGUUGACGCUCCUUUAUCAAUCCAUAAGACUAAACAUCAAAACAGUUUGACUUAUCUAAUGUUGACGCUUCUUUGAUCAUUCCAUAAGAACUAAACAUCAAAACAGUUGACUUAUCAAUGUUGACGCUUCUUUAUCAUUCCAUAAGACUAACAUCAAAACAGUUGACUUAUCUAAUGUUACGCUCCUUUAUCAAUCCAUAAGACUAAACAUCAAAACAGUUGACUUAUCUAAUGUUGACGCUUCUUUAUCAUUCCAUAAGACUAAACAUCAAAACAGUUGACUUAUCUAAUGUUGACGCUUCUUUAUCAUUCCAUAAGACUAAACAUCAAAACAGUUGACUUAUCUAAUUUUUGACGCUCCAUUAUCAUUCCAUAAGACUACAAUAUCAAACAGUUGACUUAUCUAAUGUUGACGCUCCUUAUCAAUCCAUAAGACUAAACUCAAAACAGUUGACUUAUCUAAUGUUGACGCUUCUUUAUCAUUCCAUAGCCUAAAACAUCAAAACUGUUGACUUAUCUAAUGUUGACAACUCCAUUAUCAUUCCAUAAGACCUAAACAUCAAAACAGUUGACUUAUCUAAUGUUUGACGCUUCUUUAUCAUUCCAUAAGACUAAAACAUCAACAGUUGACUAUCUAAUGUUGACGCUCCUUUAUCAAUCCAUAAGACUAAACAUCAAAACAGUUGACUUAUCUAAUGUUGACGCUCCAUUAUCAUUCCAUAAGACUAAACAUCAAAACAGUUGACUUAUCUAAUGUUGACGCUUCUUUAUCAAUCCAUAAGACUAAACAUCAAAACAGUUGACUUAUCUAAUGUUGACGCUUCUUUAUCAUUCCAUAAGACUAAACAUCAAAACAGUUGACUUAUCUAAUGUUGACACUCCAUUAUCAUUCCAUAAGACUAAACAUCAAAACAGUUGACUUAUCUAAUGUUGACGCUUCUUUAUCAUUCCAUAAGACUAAACAUCAAAACAGUUGACUUAUCUAAUGUUGACACUCCAUUAUCAUUCCAUAAGACUAAAACAUCAAACAGUUGACUUAUCUAAUGUUGACGCUCCAUUAUCAUUCCAUAAAGACUAACCAUCAAAAACAGUUGACUUAUCUAAUGUUGACGCUUCUUUAUCAAUCCAUAAGACUAAACAUCAAAACAGUUGACUUAUCUAAUGUUGACGCUUCUUUAUUAUUCCAUAAGACUAAACAUCAAAACAGUUGACUUAUCUAAUGUUGACACUCCAUUAUCAUUCCAUAAGACUAAACAUCAAAACAGUUGACUUAUCUAAUGUUGACGCUCCAUAUCAUUCCAUAAGACUAAACAUCAAAACAGUUGACUUAUCUAAUGUUGACGCUCCUUUAUCAUUCCAUAAGACUAAACAUCAAAACAGUUGACUUAUCUAAUGUUGACGCUUCUUUAUCAAUCCAUCAGACUAAACAUCAAGACCAACAGAUUAUCCCUGAAUUCUCUUCAAUAUAAAGCACUUUGUGACAUGUUCUUAGGGCUAUAUCAAUAUUGAUUCUAUCUCUCCCCAGUUGACGGUCCACCACAGUAAGUCUAUAGUGCAGUGCAGCGAGCCAGCAGACUCGAAGAUAUCUGCGCGUGACAAGGACCGCACGUUGUCCAUCGUCAGGGAGAUCUCCCAGCGGAGACUCAUAAUCCUCAGGAAGAGGAGGAGU